ACUACAGCUCCAGAACCUAUUACGACAACCUCUGCAGCUUCUGCUACAACAACUACACCCUUGGCUCCUACGACAACCACGACAACAGCACCUCCAACAACUGUAGCUCCCACGAUAACUGCAGCUCCUACAACAGCUUUAGCAUCUACUUCAACCACUGCAGCCCUAACUGCAACAACUGCAGCUCCUACGACCACUGCAACUCCACAACCUACUACAACAACUACAACUUCAGCUCCUGCGACAACCACAACAACAGCACCUACUACAACACCUGCUGUUCCUACAACUGUAGCUCCCACGACCACUCCACCUGCUGUACUUACUACAACAAUCACAACUACAGCUCCUGAUACAACAACUUUAACUUCUACGUCAACCACAGCAGCUGCCUCUACGACAACCACUGCAGCUCUAAAUACAACAACUGCUGCUCCAACGACCACUACAACUCCAGAACCUAUUACGACAACCACUGCAGCUUCAGCUACAACAACUACAACUUCAGCUCCUACGACAACCACAACAACAGCACCUACUACAACACCUGCAGUUCCUACAAAUGUAGCUCCCACGACCACUCCACCUGCUGUACUUACUACAACAAUCACAACUACAUCUCCUGAUACAACAACUGUAAUUUCUACAUCAACCACAGCAGCUGCAUCUACGACAACCACUGCAGCUCUAACUACAACAACUGCUGCUCCAACGACCACUACAACUCCAGAACCUAUUACGACAACCACUGCAGCUCCUGCUACAACAACUACAACUUCAGCUCCUACGACAACCACAACAACAGCACCUACAACAACUGUAGCUCCCAUGACAACUGCAGCUCCUACAACAGCUUUAGCAUCUACGACAACCACUGCAGCCCUAACUACAACAACUGCUGCUCCUACGAGCACUGCAACUCCACAACCUACUACAACAACCAGUGCAGCUCCUACUACAACAACUGCUGUUGUAACGACCACAGUGACUGCAGCACCUUCUACAAUAACUACAACUUCAGCUCCUACGACAACCACAACAACAGCACCUACUACAACACCUGCAGUUCCUAUAACUGUAGCUCCCACGACCACUCCAUCUGCUGUACUUACUACAACAAUCACAACUACAGCUCCUGAUACAACAACUUUAACUUCUACGUCAACCACAGCAGCUGCCUCUACGUCAACCACAGCAGCUUCCUCUAUGACAACCACUGCUGCUCCAACGACCACUACAACUCCAGAACCUAUUACGACAACCACUGCAGCUCCUGCUACAACAACUACAACUUCAGCUCCUACGACAACCACAACAACAGCACCUACAACAACUGUAGCUCCCACGACAACUGCAGCUCCUACAACAGCUUUAGCAUCUACGACAACCACUGCAGCCCUAACAACAACAACUGCUGCUCCUACGACCACUACAGCUCCAGAACCUAUUACGACAACCUCUGCAGCUUCUGCUACAACAACUACACCCUUGGCUCCUACGACAACCACGACAACAGCUACUACAACAACCAGUGCAGCUCCUACUACAACAACUGCUGUUGUAACGACCACAGUGACUGCAGCACCUUCUACAAUAACUACAACUUCAGCUCCUACGACAACCACAACAACAGCACCUACUACAACACCUGCAGUUCCUACAACUGUAGCUCCCGCGACCACUCCAUCUGCUGUACUUACUACAACAAUCACAACUACAGCUCCUGAUACAACAACUUUAACUUCUACGUCAACCACGGCAGCUACCUCUACAUCAACCACAGCAGCUUCCUCUAUGACAACCACUGCUGCUCCAACGACCACUACAACUCCAGAACCUAUUACGACAACCACUGCAGCUCCUGCUACAACAACUACAACUUCAGCUCCUACGACAACCACAACAACAGCAGCUACAACAACUGUAGCACCCACGACAACUGCAGCUCCUACAACAGCUUUAGCAUCUACGACAACCACUGCAGCCCUAACAACAACAACUGCUGCUCCUACGACCACUACAGCUCCAGAACCUAUUACGACAACCUCUGCAGCUUCUGCUACAACAACUACACCCUCGGCUCCUACGACAACCACGACAACAGCACCGACCACUGCAACUCCACAACCUACUACAACAACUACAACUUCAGCUCCUGCGACAACCACAACAACAGCACCUACUACAACACCUGCAGUUCCUACAACUGUAGCUCCCACGACCACUCCAUCUGCUGUACUUACUACAACAAUCACAACUACAGCUCCUGAUACAACAACUUUAACUUCUACGUCAACCACAGCAGCUGCCUCUAUGUCAACCACAGCAGCUUCCUCUAUGACAACCACUGCUGCUCCAACGACCACUACAACUCCAGAACCUAUUACGACAACCACUGCAGCUCCUGCUACAACAACUACAACUUCAGCUCCUACGACAACCACAACAACAGCACCUACAACAACUGUAGCUCCCACGACAACUGCAGCUCCUACAACAGCUUUAGCAUCUACGACAACCACUGCAGCCCUAACAACAACAACUGCUGCUCCUACGACCACUACAGCUCCAGAACCUAUUACGACUACCUCUGCAGCUUCUGCUACAACAACUACACCCUUGGCUCCUACGACAACCACGACAACAGCACCUCCAACAACUGUAGCUCCCACGAUAACUGCAGCUCCUACAACAGCUUUAGCAUCUACUUCAACCACUGCAGCCCUAACUGCAACAACUGCAGCUCCUACGACCACUGCAACUCCACAACCUACUACAACAACUACAACUUCAGCUCCUGCGACAACCACAACAACAGCACCUACUACAACACCUGCUGUUCCUACAACUGUAGCUCCCACGACCACUCCACCUGCUGUACUUACUACAACAAUCACAACUACAGCUCCUGAUACAACAACUUUAACUUCUACGUCAACCACAGCAGCUGCCUCUACGACAACCACUGCAGCUCUAAAUACAACAACUGCUGCUCCAACGACCACUACAACUCCAGAACCUAUUACGACAACCACUGCAGCUUCAGCUACAACAACUACAACUUCAGCUCCUACGACA